UGAGCCGCGGCUGGUGUAGUUAACAAUAAGGCACUCUCCUCUUCCUGCCUUGAGGAUUUUCCUCUCGACUUCUCGAGCGAUUCCAUUUCUCACCAACUUCAUCGAGACCACCCUAAAGGCCGCGAAAAGUACUUUUAGGGCUUUGAUUUUUUAUGCUGGAAGCCUCUCUACAAAACAAUCGGUCAGCCUGUGGUAUUUGCCUGCUCCAUCUGAAUACUUCACCUCUCUGAUUUUGUCACACGCAAACCUUCUGUCGGUCACUCUUCAAGCGCCACUAAUAGCAUUCCGACUUCUUACGUCAGCGCUCUCUGCCAUUUCCGAAGACGGAUAUAUUUCUUCUGUUAACCUUAUGCUAAAAGCUGGAUGUUCAAAAUGGAGAAGACAGUUAAGGGACAAGAGGCAGAAUCUCCAGUUGUUUUUGAGGUCGAUGGAGAGCCGGCUGUUGUGAUUAAUGGCUUGCCAAAGAACAUUUCAUGCAAUAAGAAACCUGUAGUUAGUUGUGUUGGGACUUGUGAUAAGCGGCUGGCUGAUGAUCCAGUUUUUGGCGAGUUGCUGGAAGGAAGGAAGGUUAAAAAAUUAUUUGGAGGCCAAUAUUACCAGGGAGAAGUGGUGAAAUAUGAUUCUGAGGUGAAUUGGUAUAAAGUGGUUUAUGAAGAUGGCGAUUCUGAAGAUCUUGAGUGGCAUGAGCUAGAGGAGAUCUUGUUGCCACUUGAUAUUAAUAUUCCACUAAAAUUGCUGCCUUUCCAGAGUUGCUUACAAAAUAAGUAUUUUCUUGAGCCAAAAAUAAGAAAAAGCAGCCAUCCUUUCAUGGAGAAGACUUUAGAGCCUUGCCAAAUCAGCCAGCAAAUAUAUGAGGUGCCUAUUCAAAUAGAUUACAAAGCUGGAAGAAAUUGGGGCCAUGUCAGAAUACAAACAAUCUUGGAAGAGUGAUAAGGACUUUCAGAAAGUGUUACAGAAGCAAAAUAUAAUUCUAUCAGAAAGUGUUAAAACUACGAUAGAGUUAAAGCUUUGAGAAAUCUGCUCACAAAUCAGAAGAUAUUUCUGCUGUAUCUUCCUAAAGCCUAUGAAAUAGAAGGUCAUCAAUCAUUAGAAUUUAGUACGAAUGAGGAUACAAACAGGACUCAAAGUUUAGUAGAAGCAUAAGAGGAUUCUUAGCCAACCAUGGAAAUGGCUAGAGCUAUUUAGCAAUAGAGAAUAAAAAAAUCCUCAGUCGAAGCCAGUGCAAUUAGAUAUAAAGAUUACCCUUGACUUUCACACGAGGGAGUGUGCAAGUUAUUUUGUAUUUGACCAUUUUGCCAUCUUUAUUUUUGGAACAGAUUAACCUAAUAUCUUCUCAUUUUCUUUCACUUUUCUUGCUAACCAUUGAAUUACUUAUUCUAUUAACAAAACAAACGUGGUAGAACA